CUUGACUAACGUAUUCACUGUUUCUGGGGAGUGUCUGCAAUCUUGUAUUAGUAACUGUUAAUUGUACCUUUUGUAUCAUUUUUAUUAAUAAUUAUGGAUCCUUCGAUCUUCCCUGAAGAAAUUUGGAUAAAAAUUUUAUUGUAUUGUGAUGUACCUGAUAUUAUUGCUUUCGGUAGUACGUGUAAAUAUUUAAAGAAAACUUCUGAUACUGAUUACCUAUGGAAAAUGAAGUGGCUACAAUUGAUUUCAAAAGUACAUUUUAAAUUUCCAGACAUUUCAUGUCUGCAACUACUUAGUGUUAGUUUUAAAGCAAUGUGUUAUAGACUGCAUACAGUAAUUACGUUAGAGGAAAAUUUUCCAAAAUGUCGUCAUUGUAGUGGUUACACAUGUCAAAGAAACUGUGUUGAAAGUUCUAGUGCGAAAGUAGUCAUUGAAAUUGGAAACAAAUACACAUGGGUUAUUACGCCGCAUUUUGAAUUAAGAAGACAUUUUUCAAUGUUUGGUGUACCUAAAUACAAUAAUGAAACAUAUUUGGAACAAACACAGAAUGUUCCAAGUAGCAGCGCACGCCCAAAAGGUGAUGGAAAAUCAUUGGCCAAAAAAUUGAAACUACUCAAAUUAUCUGAAUUAGCAAGUGCUAAAAUCCCAAGACCAAGUGGUCCAUUUUGUGUAUUUUGUAAUUCUGUAAAAUUAUAUAGAGAGAAAAAAAGAUUAAUUACACAUCAAAAUGAUCCAACAUGUUAUGCAAAGCCAAACCCAAUUUAUGAGAAACUUAUAAAUGGAUAUUGUACAGAUACUGUUGAAGUACUUGGAAUUCCAAAUGUUGAUCUUGUUAGUCCAGCAGAAGCAUUAUUAAGUGAUGGAACAUUUCCUGUUCUUAAAACAUUUGUUGGUCAUUUGUUUCAUCAGAUGAGAUUAACAUCUACCUUAAGAAAACCCAAUGCAGUGCUCAUGUUCUGUGAACCAUUAGCUAUGCAUCCAUCACUCAGAAAACAAUUAUUACAUUAUUUAUUUCAAGAAGUUAAAGUAUCAAGAGUAUGUUUGGUUCCAAAGCCUCUAGCAGCGUGUGCAAUGCUGGAUGUGGAAACUUGUGUAGUUGUUGAUAGUGGAGCUCUUAGUACAACAGUAGCUGUUGUAAUUGGUGGACGUGUUAUACCACAACGUUGGAGAUUAGUACCCGUGGGUGGAUGGCAUGUAGCUUAUCAUUUAAAACAGGCUAUGCAUUGGUACCUAAAAGAAUGUUAUCAUAUUCCUAUAUCAUAUUUGGAUACAUUGUCUAUCAAAGAAAGAUGCAGACUAAGCUACAAUAUUAAAAAUGAAGAAAAACGUGUAGGUCAAAAAACUAGGGAGUGUAUUAGAGUUCGUAGUUAUGCUGACAACAAACAAUUUUUGAGAGUUUCCCUAGGUUCAGAAUUAUAUAUUGCUCCUGAACUGAUGUAUAUUAAUCUUGGUUUACCACAAGUGAUAAAAGAUGUAACAUUUGGUUUAUCAGAAGAAAUACUGCAUGAUUGCCUUUCACAUAUAUUACUUACUGGAGGCAACACACAUCUUUCAGGCUUUGAGUUAAGAUUGACUAAAGAUUUACGAGAAUUAUUACCUGAACAUAGCAAAAUUUUAGAAGUUAGAAGUUGUCCUGGUACUCAUAGUUGGAAUGUUGCCAUGGGUUCUACGUUUCUGCCUUUAACUGUACAUCCUGAUAAAACGCCACCUGAAUACAUAGAGGGUAAUCCAUUUUGGCUAUCAAGAGAAGAGUAUAUUUUAUUUGGGUGUGAAUCAUUGGAGCAGUAAAACUAUAAUAAGUGAUCUGAUACAAUACUGAUACCUCACUUAUUAUAUAAAUGCAAAACCAUGCAUGUGUAAAAAUAUUGCAAAAGUAAAAAAGGAUAAACCAUCAUGAAGUAAAUCUUGUCAUGAAUUGCCUUUAAAUUAAAUGCAGAAUUUAAGAUAGAUGAUUAAAGAUACAUUCCAAGAUAAAGUGCUUGGAUAAAAAUAAAUAUUGACACUUCUGGGGCCCAUUUUCUAAAUAAGGGAGCGGAAGGUGUGAAUUCUCCCACCGCGUAUGCAAUGAAUCUCGGAUAGAUAUACGUUGCUAUACUAACACGUAUUAAGCACUUCUCUUCAUUUUGCCUUAUUACUCCGUGUUUAAUCUUUCAACUUUACACCCUUUUAACACAUAUAGGUAUUGUUAAUACAUGUAAUAUUUCACAGUAUCUCCCUUUUCAUAUUUGGCUACGAAAUUUUUCUAUUUCUACAUCUUAUUUAUAUCUUGUUUUAUAGAUACAAGUUUUAUAAUUUAUUUCUUUAAAGAGCCUCAAUUGAUUUCAUAAAAUGAUUAACAUUUUUUUAUUUGGAUAACGACAGGUUUACUGUUGUUAUCCAAUAUUUCUAUUAUUAAAUAUAUACCAAAAAUACAUUAAUUUUCUUAUUGUAGACAUUCUUUAUUAACGCCUAUAUUUCUUGCUUUUGUUUAAAAUUAUUCAAAUCCAAGAAUUCCGUCCAUCCCAGGUUUUUAACUAUCUGGUAAAUUCUAUUCAGAUUAUCAUGUAUAGAACGUCUUUAGUAAGUGAAGUCCCAAAUGGCUAAAAAGAAAUAAACUUUAAUGGGGGAAAGCCUUAAUUAAAUUAUAACCAGUAUUCGUUGUUCUAUACUUGUUUAUAGUACCUUUAUCAUACUUUAAGUUUACUUCACGACUUAUUUCAUAAAGGUUGAAAACCUGGCAUUCCAUAUUAAAAAAUCAUGAUUUAUAUUUACAGACUUAAAAUUAUAAUUCCCUCUUUCUAUCGUAAGAUUAUCAUUGUACAUACGUAGUACAAAUAGUAAAUUGUUUUGUAAAUACAAAGUAUAUAUAAUAUAUAUAUACAUAUAUAUAAAAUCGCUUAAAGUAUAUUGUACAGGUGGAACAUUUUAGAAAGUAUUAUUUGAAAAGAGGUAUUACUUAUAAAUACUGAAUAGAGUAUUUCUAAGAAAUUGUCUACGAUUUCGUAUAUUUACAUCACGUUAUCUUGCCAAAAUAAUAAAUAUAUAUGAUAGUUAGAAAGAAAAAAAGUUAACAUUUCUAGUCACUUUAAAUAUAAUUGAACUGUUUAGGCUUCCCUUCCAAAAUAGCGAGUACUAUUAAAAAUAAGAAUUUAUAACGACUAAUAAUAGGAAUCUUUGAAAUUUAACUUUAUCAACUAAAAGAUC